AGUUCACGGUGUCUUCUCACUUGGUCGACGGAGUUUUAAGGGAGUUUUUCACAUUUGUUUUCAAAUAUAUACUACUUUAUUUGUCCGCAUAUACGCACCGUGUCAUUAGGAACAGUAUAUAUUUAAAGAACAGCGCAAUGUCUGCCGCGAACCACAACAGCAGCAACGACGCCGCGGCCUCCCUCACGGAGGAGCAGAUCGUGAACCAGUACAACCGCCUGCGUCAGGAACAGAGCGCCAUCAUGUCCCGCAUCGCUGAGCUGGAGAACGAGUCGCACGAGCACGACCUCGUCGCGACGGAGUUGCGUCCCCUCAACAAGGACCGCUGCUGCCACCGCCUGGUGGGUGGCGCGUUAGUGGAGCGGACGGUGGGGGAGGUGCUGCCCGAUAUUGAGGAGAACCUGUCCGCCAUCCGCGAGGCUCUCACGGCGCUCAACAAGGGUUUGAUGGAGAAGGAGAAGCAGAUGGAGGAGUUCAUGACAAAGUACAAGCUGAACCGCCCCGGCACGAACCAGACGGUGAAGGCGGGCCAGAGCGAGGGCAACCGCGGUGUCCUCGCGUAA